AUGUUUGGCACUCCCUCUUCCUCGCCGGCGUUCGGCACUCCAUCGUCCACACCGGCGUUCGGAGCGUCUUCAACGCCCGCCUUUGGUACUCCAUCGCCUUCCCCGGCGUUCGGUACACCUUCAGCCACGCCGGCGUUCGGUACACCUUCAGCCACGCCGGCGUUCGGAACGCCUUCGGUACCUUCCUUCUCCUCUGGCGGAUUUGGCUCCUCACUCUUCUCUUCUCCGUUCUCAUCCCAACAGCCACAGCAGCAGCAGCAGCAGCAACAGCCGACCUCGCUGUUCCAGCAACCGCCAUCUUCUGGUUUUGGUUAUCAGUCACCAUUCAAUACGCCACAGCAGCAGACACCUUUCCCAAAUGCGCAAUUGACUACUCAGAUGGCUCCCGUCGCUCCCAUUACUUUCUCUCUCGCCGAUCGUGAUGUCCAGGCCAUCAUUGAAGCGUAUAAGGAAGAUCCAACGAAUCCCAAGUAUGCUUUUAAGCAUCUUUUGUUCAGUGUGACUGAACAACAGUACCGAGUGAAGCCUGCAGCUGUAUCAGAUAUAAUGUGGGCAGAGGCCAUGAGCAAACUUGAAGGCAUGGAUUCAACAGAGAGAGAGCGCCUGUGGCCUCAGCUUGUGCAAGGCUUUAAAGAUCUUUCUCAGCGCCUGAAGCUUCAAGAUGAAGUUCUCGUCUCAGAUAGGGAAAGAAUUAAAACGACUCAAAGCAACGUUAAAAUGCUUCAGAGACAUUUGCAAGCACAUACUUUUCCAUCUAUCGAAAGGAUGAGACAGAAGGAGCAGAAUCUUCAAAGACGCAUGUUGAGGGUGAUGAGAAUAAUAGAAGGCUUAGAGGGGAAGGGUUUCCGGUUACCCUUGACAAAAGGAGAGGCCGAGCUAUCUGAGAAGUUAACUGGAAUAACAAGACAGGUGAAAGGUCCUGGAGCAGAGCUUUCUAGGAGGGUGCAAAAUCUGCAGACAAUAUCUCGCGCUCAAGUAAAUUCCUUUGCUGGUGGUAGUUCCAUUUAUCUCCCGGGAUCAACUAAAAUAGACGAGCAGAGCCUGAUCGAUAUGCAGGAGGUAUUGCAACACGAGACAGAAGCCAUAGGAAGGCUUGGGAACGUAUUGAAGCGAGACAUGAGGGAUAUGGAGAUCAUGGUGUCUGAAGAUACUGAAAUGACUCAAGACACAUAG